CGCCCCCCGCACCCGCCGGACAGCCCCCCGAGCGCCCCGAGCCCCGCCGCGUCCGACAUGAGGGAGAAGGGCCGCAGGAAGAAGGGCAGGACCUGGGCAGAGGCCGCCCGGACGGUCCUGGAGAAAUAUCCCAACACACCCAUGAGCCAUAAAGAGAUCCUUCAAGUUAUCCAGAAAGAAGGACUUAAGGAAAUCAGAAGCGGGACGUCACCGCUGGCCUGCCUGAAUGCCAUGUUACACACCAACUCCCGCGGCGAGGAGGGCAUCUUCUACAAGGUCCCGGGCCGCAUGGGUGUCUACACCCUCAAGAAGGACAUCCCCGACGGGCUGAAGGAGCUGUCCGAGGGCUCAGAGGAGAGCAGCGAUGGCCAGUCCGACUCCCAGAGCUCGGAGCACAGCAGCUCCAGCAGCGACGGCUGCGCCACCAAGGACGGCAAGAAGAGCAGGUGGAAAAGGAAAGUGUCGUCCCGCCUGGCCCCGACAGCCUCCCCGCAGUCCGGCUGCCCCUCCCCGUCCAUCCCAGGCAAGGGCCUCUCCUCCUCCCAGAAGCACAGCAAGAAGGCUCUCAAGCAGGCCCUGAAGCAGCAGCAGCAGAAGCAGCAGCAGCAGCAGCACUGCCGGGCGGGAAUGGCCCCGGGAAUGGGGCCGGGAAUGGCGCUGCCCUCUAACCAGCACGUCCUGCUCAAGGCCAAGGCCGCCGCCGCGCCCGGGAAGUCGGGUUGGGAAGGGAAGCAGGCGGAUGGACAUUCCAGCAGCCCCCCAAACUCCACGUCCAGCUCCUCGCCCUCGGUGAAGCUCGAGAACUCCCUGCCCGGGCUGGGGAAGAAGCCGUUCCCGAGAUCCGACAGGCUCCACGCACGGCAGCUGAAGAGAGCCCGGUGCGCCGAGAUCGACGUGGAGACGCCGGACUCGAUCCUGGUGAACACCAACCUGCGGGCGCUGAUCAACAAGCACACGUUCUCCGUGCUGCCCCCCGAGUGCCAGCAGCGCCUGCUGCUGCUGCUGCCCGACGUCGACAGACAGGUGGGGGCCGAUGGGCUGAUGAAGCUCAGCAGCUCCGCGCUCAACAACGAGUUCUUCACCUCGGCUGCCCAGGGCUGGAAGGAGAGGCUGUCGGAAGGAGAGUUUACCCCGGAAAUGCAGCUCCGAAUCCGGCAAGAAAUCGAGAAGGAAAAGAAGGUGGAGCUGUGGAAGGAGCACUUCUUUGAGAGCUACUAUGGGCAGAGUUCUGGGCUGAGCCCCGAGGAGUCGGAGCGGCUGACGGCACAGCCCGAGGCAGAGCCCGCCCGGCCCCGCAGCCCCCCGGCCCCACGCCGGGAGCAGGGCACGUCCCCGUCGGAGCCCAGAGCACAACCAGCGCAGGGGGCAGCGGCCAGGAGAGGAGCGGGACAGGAGGGCACAGAGGACGCGCAGCCCAAGGCGGCCAAGCCCGCCGAGGCCUCCCCGGACCGACGGGCGGCGAGAGCCGGCGACCGCUCCGGCCCCGUCAGAGAGAGAGUCCACGGAGAGGCCCUGCCCCAGGAACCCCAAAGUGCUGCCAGCCAGAAGCCAGAGGAGCAGAGGAAUCCCAGGCUGGGGAAGGAGGGGCCAGGGAAGGAGACUCCGGGUGCCCCCAGCAAACCAAAGAGCCCCGAGGCAGCCGAAGGAGCGGCGAAGGUGCAAAGCCCUGCGGUGGCUCUGGACAUGCAGGACAAGAAGCCCCUCGGUAGCCAGGCCAUGGAGGUCAGUGUGGAGGCCCACAAGAGGAAGUCGGAGAGCAGGGAGGAGGCUCCAGCCAGCCCCGAGAAGAAGCCGCGUGUGGCGGAGCCCUGCCAGCACCACCAGGCCUUUCGGAACCAGCCCUUUCCCGGCGCGGGGCCGGCCGUGCCGCGGGUGCCCCCGCUCAAGAUUCCCGUGUCCAGAAUCUCCCCGAUGCCAUUUCCUGCGGGCCAGGUCUCUCCCAGGGCACGUGUCCCCUUCUCCCUCAGCAGUCUGGGCAGGACAGGGGCCAGGACCUUGGCCGACAUCAAGGCGAGAGCCCAGCAGGCCAAGGCUCAGAGGGCAGCAGCCGCCGCCGCCGCCGCCUCGGCUGGGGGGGCUGUGCCGGGGCCUGGCCCGGGCGGGGGGAGACCCCCGGGCAGGGGGGGAGAUGGGAGAGACCCCGGCGGAACCACCCAAACUGCAACUGGAGCAAACGCACUGGAACUGGCAGGAACUGGAAGCGGGGGAGGUUCGAGAAGGUUUCUUCCCCAGGGCCCAGGGCCCCGUUCCCAGGUGGAGAGCCAGGCGGAGCCGGGAGCUCCUCGCCAUCCUCCUGGAGCACAACUACAGCCAGGGGCCCCCGUGGUGCCCCGAGCCCCCGGCCCUGCGGCAGCCCCGGCGCUAGGGAACGGUGUGGGGGCCACACCGGGGUCCCCACACGCCGGCACUGGGGACCAGGCAGGGACAGCCCCUCCUGCCCCGGCCCGGGGGCCUCCGGCGGCCAGGAAUGGACCCAGCGGCGCCAGCGGAACCCCGGGAGCACCCACGGCCUCAGGAGGGACCGGCUCUGACCUUGCCAAAAGCAAAGCUCCUUCCCCUCUGGUGUCCUCCCUGCCACCCGCAGGCCCCGGAGCCCAGGCUGGAGCUGUGGGCGCGCCCGUCCCACCCUCCAGCACCUCCUCAGUAGCACCCAGCCUUAAAUCUCCUCCCGGUGGGGCCCUGCCCAGAGUGAGCUCCAGCAUUCCUGCCAACAACCCUUUGGUCACCCAGCUGCUCCAAGGCAAGAGCGUCCCUCUGGAGCAGAUCCUGCCCAAGCCGCUCACCAAAGCAGACGUGAAAACUGUCCCCGUGGCUCCUCAGGAAGAGAAGGGGGCAGCAGCUCCCGGUGCAGCGGGGAACGGUGCUGAGGCGGGGGACAGACCAUCGAGUUUGCCCCCACAGCAGCUCGGGAAGAUCUGCAAGAACAGGCCUCUGCCUCACAUUCCAAGGACCUUCCCAUUGCCCUCGGGAAAGGCCCCCAGUCCUGAGCAGCACCAGUGCCACGAGGCGCUGAGCAAAUCGACCCAGGAGCAGAUCCUGCAGACUCUCAUCAAGAAGGUGCAGAGGCAGAACCUGCUGCCCAUCCUUCAGCCCUCGCAGCUGAACCUCCCACACUCAGGUUUCCCAGUGGAAAACAGCUCCACCAGCCAGAGAUUCAUGCUGGGCUUCACGGGCAGGAGGACGUCCAAGCCCGCCAUGUCUGGGCACUACCUGCUCAACAUCUCCACCUACGGCCGCGGCUCGGAGAGUUUGAGGAGAGGCUUCUCCCUGAACCCCGAGCCCCGCCUGGGGCUGAGCAGCCCCGCCGACGGUGCCAGGGCAGAGUUUGGGGAGUGCGAGGAGAUGGGUGGCCAGGGCAGCAGCAGCGAGGAGGACGCGGAUGACGAGAGCUCCGGGGAUGAACGGGAGCACAUCGGCAUCAAAGAGGAGCCAUGGGCAGCGCAGGGGUCUGGGCAGGGGGAGAAGGAGCAGGGCUCACACGGCACCGGCCCUGCGGACCCCGGCUCCCUGGGGACCAAGGCUGGCAAGGCCGAGGCAGCUCCGGCACCGCCGGCAGCCGGCCCUAAGGAGAACACGCCGGCGCUGGACGGCCCCGCGCUGGCCCGGGACCUGCUGCAGGCGGCGCAGGAGCAGAUGGCCCACGCCAUGAGGGGCAAGGGGCACGGCAGCACAGAGCUCUUCGGGCCCCCCGCCCCGUCCCCGGACUCGGCGCAGCCGCAGCCUCCGCUGCUCCCUGCCCCGCACCCCCCGAAGCUGCCUGGGAGUGCCGGGACGCAGCUCCUGGGGCCCAGCUACAGCGGCACAAUAAACGUCUCCACCUCGCCCGACAUAGGCCAGGGCUCACUCGUGACCGGGCUGUCUGAGUGCAACCAGUUGGCCAGCUCCAUGGGCAACGUCAUGUCCUUCUCCGUGACCGUCACCACCAUUCCCACCGGCCAGGCUGUGAACUCCGGCGGCCACGGGCAGAGCCUCCCGGUGCAGCCGUUCGCCGAGGACGGCGGCAUGGAGGAUCCCCCUUCCAAAUGUUACUGCAGGUUGAAAGCCAUGAUCAUGUGCAAGGGCUGUGGUGCCUUCUGCCAUGACGACUGCAUCGGCCCCUCCAAGCUCUGUGUCUCCUGCCUCGUCGUGCGGUAACAGGGGCGGCACGUGGGGAACAGGACGGCUUCCUCCGGGGGCUGCUUUCGGAAGUAUCUUGGGAAGAAACAGGAAUUUUACUGCCUUGCACAAGAGACACGUUACUGAAUCAGGAAUACAGAGUAGAGUCCUUCUUUCAUUAACGAAAGAGCACCUUCUUGUACAGGGAGUCGAAAUUGCGCUCGACUACGUGAAUUGUGACAAGAGUUUGCACUUAAGGAAUUAUGUAAAUAUGCCACAUUAUUUUGUUUAAAGAUAUUUUUUCAAUCUUUUAGGAGAUAGUGUUUGACUUGUACUGCAGUUCCAGUAACCCCAGCCUGCUCUGAGCAUGUUUGCUGAGCUCUGCUCUCCCCGGGGGAUCCAGCCCAUAGCCCAUUGUUGGUCUUCUCUUGGCAAACGGAAUGGGAUAAUCAGAGUCCGGCCGUGUGUGGUGAUGGAGCACCGAGGCAGGAGCCCUGAGCAGGCUCCCUUGGCUGCUCCCAGUUCAAAUCCCCGGGAACGGGGAGGCACCACCGAUGGGGUGCCAGCCUUUCCAUCCAUUGCCUUUCCCCUGUGACCUGGCUGUUCCCACAAGGCUCCUGGGCUGUGCAAUACGGGCUGGUGUUCCUGGUUUGCAAACCCCUCUUCUCCCAGUAACCGAGCUGAAGGGAGGUGGGGUCUGGCUGUGCUGCUGGUGGAACUGCAAGAAGGAGCUGUACUGACCAUGGGGUUGGGGGUCACCAGAACAGCUCAGUCUGGGUCUGUGGGUGUCCCACCAGAGCAGGGGUCACACAGCUGUGCUUGGCCUGGCAGGACUGGGCAGGAAUCUGCUCCUGGGCAUUCCUUGGGAGCUGCCAUCCCACGGCCCAGAGCCAGCUGCUCUUGGGACACGGGGGCAGGUGAAGGGCACGAAGCAUCACUCUUGGUCCUGGCGUGCUCUGGGAAGCGUUUUGUGCUUGUCCAAACACCCCCAUGGUCAGACAUCUCCAGUCUCUAUCCAAGAUUUUGUAUUUUCUGGGUGUAGGGAAAGGCAAAUGAGUGUCAGCCUGGGCCCUGCUGGGCGGCUCUUUGUGUUUGGAAUACCAAAUUGGGCUGAGCUCAGCUCAGCUGGGGCUCAGCUGAGGGAGGGGUGCUGGGGCAGCCCCUCAGACCUGACCAGGGACAUGGCUGGUGACACCUGUACUCCCUGUCAGUUCCUGGAUUCCUUCACUUGGACUGAUGGAAAUCAAAGCACAGCGGCCCCGUGUUCCCGGGAGCUGAGGAUGCUGAUGGAGCACGAGUCACUCGAGGGCUGUUCCUCUGCCGGGGCGGGUGGGGGCCUUGCUGCACCCUGGUCAGGGAACAGAGCUAUGUAUGUUUGUGAUGGAGAAGCACUGAAUUCACUUUUAAUCCAAAGGCCUUUUAAAGCUGAAGCAAUAUUCCCACAGCAGUGGGGCAGCUGAGUGUGCAUGGGGUUCUCAGCCUUCCCUUCCCCUCUCCUUGGUACUACUGCUCCCCACCCCUUCUCCCCAGGAACCUGGCACUGGUGGUGAGGAGCAGAAGUAAUUCCCUGGGUGAUUUUCCAAGGAACAAGUGGUGUCCAAGGCUGCCAGAGCUCCAGGAGCCUUUGGACAACGCUCUCAGGCAGAUUGCUGGGGUGUCUGUGCAGGGUCAGGAGUUGGGCUGGAUGGUCCCUAUGGAUCCCUUGCAGCACAGCAUAUUCCAUGACUGUCAUUUAGUUGGUGAUGAUAAGGAAAAGGGAGUUGCAGACUUGAUCCCGUGGUAGCAGGAGCGUUUCCUUCCCUGCCCAGGGAGUGCAGCCGCCUCCAGAGCAGCAGGCGCUGCAGCAUCACCUGCUCUGGGUUCCGUCAUCUUAAAUUUAUUGCGGAGCAGUGACCCCCACUGUCGUGAUUCCACAUCACUGCUCGAGCAUCCUGUGGUGAGGAGGAUUUAGGGAUUAGAAAUGAACUCAAUUUUUUAAAUCUAAAACUGAAAUCUCAAUAAAUUGCACAGGAUUGUCCCCACGAGCAUCUCACACCCAUGGUGGUGGUGGUGGUGGUGGUGGUAGCCCGAGAACCCCCGGCCUGUGCGUGUUCCUGCCACUUCCCGCUUCCAGCUCUUGUUCAGGAAGAGGAAUUCCUGCGUUUUUGUAAACCUGCGGACGCAGUGUGGGCUGGUUUGGAGCUGAGAGCAGGAUCUGUCCAUUCCUCCCUCAGGCCUCACCCAGACAGGAAGGAAGUUCCUUCCUGUGAUCGUGGACAGACACUUCCAUUCCUGGCUGGGACAGCCCGGGAGAGUCCAGUGCGCAGUUUGGUCCUGGUUAUGCAACUCACCGAGUCGUUCUCAGGGGAGAGGGAGGGGUUUCGCUGCACGCUUGGGUCACUUCUGGUCUUGCCUUGGCUCCUCUCAGGGUGUUUUUCCAGGCUGCUGGAGAGGGAGAAGCAGAGGAUGAGGAAGGACCUGUGGCCCUGAGCACUCACAGGCGUUCCAGCUGCUGCAGCUGCCGCUGGAAAACUCUUCCAGAGCUCCCCUGGCGUUUCCCAAACCGUCACCGCCCUGGCUGUGGCUCCAGCUGGUUCCUCCCGUUGGAUUUCCAGCUGUCCUCUGCUGAGUGUGGAUUGGGGUUGCUGUGCCCAUUCCCUGGCAGCGCAGGGAGCCGCCGUUCCCUGAGCCAUCCCAUGGGAAUGUGCCCAUCUGGCCUGGCCAUGCCAGGAGGGGCUGACCUGGGGUGGGACAGUCGGUGAUCCUGGAUGUGGAGGUGGCCCCAGGCUGGUGUUGGCCGGGGUAGGAUCGUGUUGGUGACUCGGGAGUUCACACCUGUCAGUGCCUUAGUUCAUUUCAUGGAUCAACACUUUGCUUGGGCUACUUUUCUUCCGUUUCUUUUUAAGGAAAUCGAUUCUCUCGGUGCCCACCUGAGGUUUGAGCACGCUCCUGGUGCAGCCUGGCGGAGCAUCUCCGUGGGUGAGCAGAGGGCACCGAGUGUGAGGGAAUUGUUCGGGAUAACGGGCUCAGUGUAAUAAUCCCUGAGGUACUCCCUGGAAUAGGGACAGAGCCCUGGAAGUUUCGCAUGUGCUGCAGCUGGGUGUGGGAUGAUGGGUUUCAGAAGGGGGAAUGCUGCAGCCUGUGCAGUUCCUGGGGUGGGAUCAGCCUGUCCCACUGCUGAGGCUCCUUCCCAUCAUCCGCCCUUCCCACAGACAGUAAAUCCACCUCCACACGGGAUUUAUAAUAAAGGGAUGUCGUGACGGGGUUUAAAGCAUUAGACUGUGGUCCCCCAGGAGGAAUGAAUUUAACAGCACUGCAGGGAAUGGUGGCAUCAAAAAUCCGGGAUUUCCAGAGCCUGAUGUCAGAGUGUUUGUGGCAGGGAAAGGAACCUGAGUAAGGGAAGAGGGUUUCAGUUUCCCUUUUCAGGACACAGAACUGGAAUUGGAGCCUGACCAACGCUUCGCUUCCCAGCCCCAAACCCCAUGGACACCGGAGGCGCCAGCGCGGCUCUGGGGGCUCAGGUUUUGAGCCAGGGGGGCAGCAAGGGAAGGCAUUUUACCGUCCCUCCUGGAAUUCACAGGAAAGAGGAGGUUCCAAGCAGUUGCACUGGUUGGGGAGUUGGAUUUUUUUUGGUUGCACAAAACAGCUGCUGGAGCAGCAGUUCCUGGUCAGGUCGUUACUGGGAGGGGCGCUCAGGAGGGAUCCUCAGGAGGGAGGCAGCAAAGACAGCCCCGGGCCGGGAGGGUGGAGCGGGUUUGGGGCUUCUCUCCUCCGGGGAGGCUCAGGCCGAUGGUUCCUGUGACCCACGGGAAGGUCGGGAGAACAGGACCGGGCUGGGGUUUCCCGCUGCAGGAUCCCACAGCGGGAAUGUGGGAGGGUCCCGAGCGAUCACUUUGAUUAGCACAGAUCAAUCGCGGGUGGGCAGAGCGCUCCGAGUGCGGCUCGGGCGGGUGCCGGGAGGGAGCGGCCCCGAGCGUUCCUCGGUCCCUGGGUUGUUUUUAAUGCUUACGUUUGCUAUUCGUGCAGAGCGAGUCUAAGAGCUUACAGUAAUAUAUUUUAAGUAAUAUAUAUUUUAGUAUCUGUAAAGAGCGGGCAAAGGAGGGGUUCUGAGGUGGUGACAGGGUACCGGAGGGCAGUUCCUCGGCCAGGCCAGCGGGGGUUACUGCAGCACAACUGAGAAGAUUCAUUUCCUGCCGUUAAUGCAAUAAAAACGGGAAUUCUCACAAAGAAGCAAUCCAAUACUGUUUCCCAGAGGCUUUUCCUGUGUGGACAACAGGCCUGUAAACACAGUUCCAAAAAUUCUAAACCUUUGUCUUUUGCCUUUUUAAAAGGGACUUCGAUUGGGCUUGAGGGUCUGUACAGCAAAAUCGAGGUGACACCAUUUGAAAAUGUAUUUUUACACAAAUAAUAUAGAAAAAAAAUCAUAUUUUACAUAAGAAUUUUAAGUAUUUGAAAUAUGUGUAUAUAUAUACUGUAUGUACUUCGUAUAUGUUUUAUUUUACAUUUUCAAUGUAUUAAAAAGUAUUUGAGCUGGUUGGA